UUCACAGCGAGAACACAAACGAAAGGCAAAAGAAAAAUAUAUAGUAUUAUUUAUGAAUAUUAGAAAAUAAAAUUAAUUGCAAUAAAAUGUUUACGGAUACAAAGAAUUUAUCGAAUGCAACGUUAUUAGAUUCCAAUUUAUUUAAUUCAUCUGAAAAAUCAAAGGGAAAAUUACGCAGGGUAUGGAAGCCACUUUUACGUUUGAUGUCAAUGAAGACAAAAACUAAAAGUAGUACCGGUACUUCCACAAAAACGCAUCCAAAUAAUAUUAAUUUAAAUAAUGCAACGAGUGUGAAGGAUAUUUAUGAACUGUCAACUGCACUGCUAGAGGAUUAUACAGCUAUGAUACGUAAAGUGGCGCCAGAAGUUGAACAGGAAAGCAUUCCAGCACUACCAGUUACAGAUACAAAGCAUACUACUACAGUUGUCAGCAGUGCCAGUAUUGAGAAGACACCCACACCUAAUUGCACGGGUUGUAUUUAUGGGCGUAAUUGUCAACAUGAACAAUUUCAUCAAGAUUACUUAUUUAAUUGGACCGCUGAUGUGUAUGAUGUAGACACGCGGAAUGUUGCUGCUGAACUUGUGAACACUACCAGUACUACCGGUUUACCUGUACAAUAUAUAAGCACUGAUGACGGUACUUUCUUCUGGACUACAUCUGAACAUAGAGUUGACGAUAACCUGUUGCAUGCUUGGCUAUGUCAAACUUUAAAACAACUUCCGGUCCAAACAGCUCUUUUGUAAGCUAUGCUUUUAUAGGACUUUUUAUAUUCGAAUCAGGGAUCUCAUUGUUAUAUUAUAGUAAAUUGUUUUUUAUUUACUUGCAUGCAAUAUUUAAUUUUGUGAUAUGUACUAAUAUAGUAAGAAUGUAACUUAAGUUAUUUUGUAUACAAAUUUAAUAUAAAAGGAAACUAAGAAUUAUUUGUGGAUGAUAUAUUAAAGUUUGG